AUGCCUAUAUCUUCAUCAACUACAGUUGCACCUUCAACAACCACAACUGUGACCCCAACAACCAUGACUACACCCUCAACAACUACAAUUGCAAUUCCAACAACCUCAACUACUUAUCCAUCCACAACUCCACCAUCAUCAACUGUCACUGAAGUUUCUACAACUUUAAAUAUGACCCCUACAACAACGCUGACAUCUUCAGCAACUGCACCUCCAAAAACCACAAAUACUUCUCCAACCACAACUACACCAUCAACAACAAAGAAUGAUGUUUAUACAAUGACAACUAUGACACCGACACCCAUGGCUACAUCCUCAGAAACUACAACUGCAUCUCCAACAACAACAACAACACCAUCUACAACAACCACUGAUGUUUCUACAACCACAACUAUGACCCCCACAACAAUGCCUACGUUCUCAACAUCUACAACCCCGCAUUCAACAACAACCACUCAGGCUUCUACAACAUCUCUAAUCCCAAUAAACAUGCCUGCAUCUUCAGCAAGUGCAGCUUCAACAACAACACCAUCGUCAUCAACCUCAUCAGUGACCCCAACAACCAUUCCUACAUCUUCAAUAUCUACAACACAACCAUCAACAAUGACCACUCAAGCUUCCACAACAACUCUAACCCCAACAAUCAUGCCUACAUCCUUAUCUACUACGUCUACAAAUCCAACAACAUUUUCUGCUGCAACAACACCACAAUAUUCAACAACUGCAUCUGACAUUUCUACAACCACAAAUAUGAAUCCUACAACAAUGCCUACAUCUUCAGCAACUACAGUUGCACCUUCAACAACCACAACUGUGACCCCAACAACCAUGACUACACCCUCAACAACUACAAUUGCAAUUCCAACAACCUCAACUAAUUAUCCAUCCACAACUCCACCAUCAUCAACUGUCACUGAAGUUUCUACAACUUUAAAUAUGACCCCUACAACAAGGCUGACAUCUUCAGCAACUGCACCUCCAAAAACCACAAAUACUUCUCCAACCACAACUACACCAUCAACAACAAAGACUGAUGUUUAUACAAUGACAACUAUGACACCGACACCCAUGGCUACAUCCUCAGAAACUACAACUGCAUCUCCAACAACAACAACACAAUCAGCAACAACCACUCAAGUUUCUACAACAACAAUAACCCCAACAACCUUGCCUACAUAUUCAGCAACUGCACCUUCAAAAACAAUACCAUCUUCAACAACCACAACUAUAACCCCAACAACCAUGCCUACAUCAUCAGCCACAACAACUAUACCUACAACAACAUCCACUGCUACAACAACAUCACAAAAUUUUACAACUACAACUGAAAUUUCUACAACCACAACUAUGGAUCCAAGAAAAAUGCCUACGUCUUCAGCAACUACAGCUGCACCUUCAACAACCACAACGGUGUCCUCAGCAACAAUUCCUACACCCUCAACAACUACGACUGCAUUUCCAACAACCACAACUACUUCUCCAACCACAACUCCACGAUCAACAUCUACCACAGAAGUUUCCACAACCACAACUAUGACCCCCACAACAAUGCUCACAUUAUCAACAUCUACAACACCACCAUCAACAACAACCACUCAAGUUUCAACAACAAGUGUAAUCAUAACAUCCACACCUAAAUUCUCCGCAACUAUGACUGCAUCUCCAACAACAACAACUGAUUCAACAACAACACCAUCUGCAACAACGACUGAGGUUUCUACAACCACAACUACGACCCCCACAACAAUGUCUACAACCUCAGCAUCUACAACACCACCAUCAACAACAGCCAUUAAAGUAUCUACAACAACUCUAACCCCAACAGCCAUGCCUACAUCAUCAGAAAGCACAACUGGACCUCCAAUAUCAACAACACCAUUGUCAACAACCACAACAAUUAUCCCAAUAACAAUUCUUACAUCUUCAACAUCUACAACACAACCAUCAUCAACAACCACUGAAGUUUCUACAAUCACAUCUAUGACCCCCACAACAAUGCCUACAUCCUCAACCUCUACAACCCCACCAUCAACAACAACCACUCAAGAUUCUACAAAAACUAUAACCCAAACAACCCCGCCAACAACAACAUCCACUCAAGUUUCUACAACAAUUAUAACCUCAAAAUUAAUGCCUAAAUCAUCAUCAACAACAACUACACCUCCAACGACAUCCACUGCUACAACAACAACCACAACUAUGACCCCCACAACAAUGCCUACAUCCUCAACAUCUACAACCCUGCCAUCAACAACAACCACUCAAGAUUCUACAACAACUAUAACUCCAACAACCUCAGCAACUACAACUGCACUUCCAUCAACAUCUACUGCUACAACAACACCACAAUACUCAACAACUACUACUGAAAUUUUUACAACCACUAUGAACCCCACAACAAUGUCUACAACCACAGCAUCUACAACACCACCAUCAACAACAACCACUCAAGGUUCUACAACAACGAUAACCCCAACAACCAUGCCUACAUCCUCAGAAACUGCACCUUCAACAGCAACACCAUCUUCAACAACCACUCCUAUAACCCCAACAACCAUGCCUACAUCCUCAACAUCUACAACACCACCAUCAACAAUGAUCACUCAAGUUUCAACAACUACAAACCCAACAAUCAUGCCUACAUCCUCAACAUUUAUAACACCACCAUCAACAACAGCCUUUAAAGAUUCUACAACAACUCUAAGCCCACCAGCCAUGCCUACAUCAUCAGAAAAUACAACUGGACCUCCAUCAACAACAACACCAUCAUCAAAAACCACAAUAAUUAUCCCAACAACAAUUCGUACAUCUUCAACAUCUACAACACCACCAUCAACAACAACCACUGAAGUUUCAACAACAACUAUAACACAAACAAUCAUGCCUACAUCCUCAGGUACUACAACUAUAGCUACAACAACAUCUUCUGCCACAACAACAACACCACAAUAUUCAACAACAAAAACAACUGAAAUUUCUACAUCCACAAAUAUGAAUCCUACAACAAUGCCUACAUCAUCAACAACUACAAUUUCACCAUCAACAACCACAGCUGUGACCCCAACAACCAUGCCUACACCCUCAACAACUACAACUGCACUUCCAAAAACCUCAACUACUUAUCCAACCACAGCUACACCAUCAACAAAAAUGACUGAAUAUUCUACAAUGAAAGCUAUGACACUAACACCCACACCUACAUCCCCAGCAACUACGACUGAACCUCCAACAAUUUCUGCUUCAACAACACCAUCUACAACAAUGACUGAAGUAUCUGCAAUCACAUCUAUAACCCCCACAACAAUGCAGACAUACUCAAUAUCUACAACACCAUCAUCAACAACAACCACUGAAGUUUCUACAACAAGUUCAACCCUAAUAACCAUGCCUACAUCCUCAGCAAAUACAACUGCACCUUCAACAACAUCACCAUCUUCAACAACUAAAACAACCACCCCAACAACCAUGCCUAAAUCCUCAGCAUCUACAACACCACCAUCAACAAUAACCACUCAAUUUUUUACAUCUAUAACCCCAAAACCAAAGCCUACAUCCUCAGCAACUAUGACUGCAUCGACAACAACCACAACAACUACUGAUUCAAAAACAACAACAUCUGCAAUAAUGACUGAAAUUUCUACAACCACAACAACAACACUAUUGUCAACAACCACAGCAAUGACCUCAACAACCAUUCCUACAUCUAUAACACCACAAUCAACAACAACCACUGAACUUUAUAAAACAACUAUAACCCCAAUAAUCAUGCCUUCAUCCUCAGCAAUUACAACAACAUCUCCAACAACAUCUACUGCUACAACAACACCACAAUAUUCAACAUCUACAACUGAAAUUUCAACAACAGCAACUAUGAAUCCUACAACAAUGCCUACAUCUUCAACAACCACAACUGUAAGCCCAACAACCAUGACUAUAUCCUCAACUACUGCAGCUGCUUUUUCAACAACCACAGCUAAUUCUCCAACAACAACUCCACCAUCAACAACUAUCCCAGAAGUUUCUAAAACCUUAAAUAUGACCCCUACAACAAAACCGACAUCUUCAGCAACUGCACGACCAACAACCACAAAUACUUCUCCAACCAAAACUCCACCAUCAACAACAAUGACUGAACAUUCUACAAUGAAAACUAUGACGCUGACCACCACGCAUACAUCCUCAGCAACUACGACUGCACCUCCAACGACAACUUCUGCUUCAGCAAAAACAACACCAUCUACAACAAUCUGCAACUUCAACAACCACAACUGUGACCCCAACAACCAUGCCUACAAUCUCUACAACUACAACUGCACUUCCAACUACUACAACUACUUCUCCAGCCACAACUCCUUCAUCAACAACCAAAAAAGUUUCUACAGCCUCAACUAUGACAACCACAGCAAUGCCUACAUCCUCAGCAAGUACAACUGCACCUCCAGCAAUGACAACAACCACAACUACUUCUCUAUCCAUACCAAUACCCCCAACAACAACAACCUACGAAGCUUCUACAAUCACAACAGUGACUCCCACUACCAUGCCUACAUCCUCUGCAAGUACAGCUGUACUUCCAACAACUACUUUACCAACCACAACUUCAGCAUCCACAGCAACCACUAUAGCUUCAACAACUCCUUCCCCAGCGAAGCUCUGGUUCUCAGUGCUAUUAGCAUUCUCCAGAACUCAAGAGAGUCACAGCUCAACGAAUCAGUGAAGCUGGUGAAUGUCACCUAUGAAAAAAUCUCUGAAACCUCCUAUGCGGUCAUCUUUAAAUUUAACCUGAUCAACAUAAGCAUGCAAGGGGACCCUGAGCUCAGAAGCAACACCUACCAGCGACUGCAGAAUAUUAUCAAUAAUGUGUUGAACACUCUUCUUAAUGAGCCUGGCAGCCAAGUUUUUGAACCCAAGUCCUCCAACUUCACGAGCACAUCAAACCAAAUAGAGGGCAUUAUGGAAUAUACCUUCCAGGAUGGAGAGGUGAUAAAACCAGUCAGCUUCCUAAAUGAGCUUCAUUUACUGAUGGGUUUAACCACUACAACUGUGUCUCCGAUGACAACAAGCAGCUUCCCUGUGACAGCUUUAAACCUAGUAUCUGGUUCCGCAGUGGUGACAAGCAAACUGCUGUUCAACUCUUCAUCUCCAGUCCCCAGCGAAGCUCUGGUCCUCAGUGCCAUCAGCACUCUCCGGAACUCCAGAGAGUCACAGCUCAACGAAUCAGUGAAGCUGGUGAAUGUUACCUAUGAAAAAAUCUCUGAAACCUCCUAUGCGGUCAUCUUUACAUUUAACCUGAUCAACAUAAGCAUGCAAGGGGACCCUGAGCUCAGAAGCAACACCUACCAGCGAGUGCAGAAUAUUACCAAUAAUGUGUUGAACACUCUUCUUAAUGAGCCUGGCAGCCAAGUUUUUGAACCCAAGUCCUCCAACUUCACGAGCACAUCAAACCAAAUAGAGGGCAUUAUGGAAUAUACCUUCCAGGAUGGAGAGGUGAUAAAACCAGUCAGCUUCCUAAAUGAGCUUCAUUUACUGAUGGGUUUAACCACUACAACUGUGUCUCCGAUGACAACAAGCAGCUUCCCUGUGACAGCUUUAAACCUAGUAUCUGGUUCCGCAGUGGUGACAAGCAAACUGCUGUUCAACUCUUCAUCUCCAGUCCCCAGCGAAGCUCUGGUCCUCAGUGCCAUCAGCACUCUCCGGAACUCCAGAGAGUCACAGCUCAACAAAUCAGUGAAGCUGGUGAAUGUUACCUAUGAAAAAAUCUCUGAAACCUCCUAUGCGGUCAUCUUUACAUUUAACCUGAUCAACAUAAGCAUGCAAGGGGACCCUGAGCUCAGAAGCAACACCUACCAGCGAGUGCAGAAUAUUACCAAUAAUGUGUUGAACACUCUUCUUAAUGAGCCUGGCAGCCAAGUUUUUGAACCCAAGUCCUCCAACUUCACGAGCACAUCAAACCAAAUAGAGGGCAUUAUGGAAUAUACCUUCCAGGAUGGAGAGGUGAUAAAACCAGUCAGCUUCCUAAAUGAGCUUCAUUUACUGAUGGGAAUCACAGUCAGACAGUUCCAUUUUCACUCCAAAACCCUUCAAUUGUAUUCAAAAAAAAAUGGUGUCUUUUGCAGAUCUGGUUCCGCAGUGGUGACAAGCAAACUGCUGUUCAACUCUUCAUCUCCAGUCCCCAGCGAAGCUCUGGUCCUCAGUGCCAUCAGCACUCUCCGGAACUCCAGAGAGUCACAGCUCAACGAAUCAGUGAAGCUGGUGAAUGUUACCUAUGAAAAAAUCUCUGAAACCUCCUAUGCGGUCAUCUUUACAUUUAACCUGAUCAACAUAAGCAUGCAAGGGGACCCUGAGCUCAGAAGCAACACCUACCAGCGAGUGCAGAAUAUUACCAAUAAUGUGUUGAACACUCUUCUUAAUGAGCCUGGCAGCCAAGUUUUUGAACCCAAGUCCUCCAACUUCACGAGCACAUCAAACCAAAUAGAGGGCAUUAUGGAAUAUACCUUCCAGGAUGGAGAGGUGAUAAAACCAGUCAGCUUCCUAAAUGAGCUUCAUUUACUGAUGGGAAUCACAGUCAGACAGUUCCAUUUUCACUCCAAAACCCUUCAAUUGUAUUCAAAAAAAAAUGGUGUCUUUUGCAGAUCUGGUUCCGCAGUGGUGACAAGCAAACUGCUGUUCAACUCUUCAUCUCCAGUCCCCAGCGAAGCUCUGGUCCUCAGUGCCAUCAGCACUCUCCGGAACUCCAGAGAGUCACAGCUCAACGAAUCAGUGAAGCUGGUGAAUGUUACCUAUGAAAAAAUCUCUGAAACCUCCUAUGCGGUCAUCUUUACAUUUAACCUGAUCAACAUAAGCAUGCAAGGGGACCCUGAGCUCAGAAGCAACACCUACCAGCGAGUGCAGAAUAUUACCAAUAAUGUGUUGAACACUCUUCUUAAUGAGCCUGGCAGCCAAGUUUUUGAACCCAAGUCCUCCAACUUCACGAGCACAUCAAACCAAAUAGAGGGCAUUAUGGAAUAUACCUUCCAGGAUGGAGAGGUGAUAAAACCAGUCAGCUUCCUAAAUGAGCUUCAUUUACUGAUGGGAAUCACAGUCAGACAGUUCCAUUUUCACUCCAAAACCCUUCAAUUGUAUUCAAAAAAAAAUGGUGUCUUUUGCAGAUCUGGUUCCGCAGUGGUGACAAGCAAACUGCUGUUCAACUCUUCAUCUCCAGUCCCCAGCGAAGCUCUGGUCCUCAGUGCCAUCAGCACUCUCCGGAACUCCAGAGAGUCACAGCUCAACGAAUCAGUGAAGCUGGUGAAUGUUACCUAUGAAAAAAUCUCUGAAACCUCCUAUGCGGUCAUCUUUACAUUUAACCUGAUCAACAUAAGCAUGCAAGGGGACCCUGAGCUCAGAAGCAACACCUACCAGCGAGUGCAGAAUAUUACCAAUAAUGUGUUGAACACUCUUCUUAAUGAGCCUGGCAGCCAAGUUUUUGAACCCAAGUCCUCCAACUUCACGAGCACAUCAAACCAAAUAGAGGGCAUUAUGGAAUAUACCUUCCAGGAUGGAGAGGUGAUAAAACCAGUCAGCUUCCUAAAUGAGCUUCAUUUACUGAUGGGUUUAACCACUACAACUGUGUCUCCGAUGACAACAAGCAGCUUCCCUGUGACAGCUUUAAACCUAGUAUCUGGUUCCGCAGUGGUGACAAGCAAACUGCUGUUCAACUCUUCAUCUCCAGUCCCCAGCGAAGCUCUGGUCCUCAGUGCCAUCAGCACUCUCCGGAACUCCAGAGAGUCACAGCUCAACGAAUCAGUGAAGCUGGUGAAUGUUACCUAUGAAAAAAUCUCUGAAACCUCCUAUGCGGUCAUCUUUACAUUUAACCUGAUCAACAUAAGCAUGCAAGGGGACCCUGAGCUCAGAAGCAACACCUACCAGCGAGUGCAGAAUAUUACCAAUAAUGUGUUGAACACUCUUCUUAAUGAGCCUGGCAGCCAAGUUUUUGAACCCAAGUCCUCCAACUUCACGAGCACAUCAAACCAAAUAGAGGGCAUUAUGGAAUAUACCUUCCAGGAUGGAGAGGUGAUAAAACCAGUCAGCUUCCUAAAUGAGCUUCAUUUACUGAUGGGAAUCACAGUCAGACAGUUCCAUUUUCACUCCAAAACCCUUCAAUUGUAUUCAAAAAAAAAUGGUGUCUUUUGCAGAUCUGGUUCCGCAGUGGUGACAAGCAAACUGCUGUUCAACUCUUCAUCUCCAGUCCCCAGCGAAGCUCUGGUCCUCAGUGCCAUCAGCACUCUCCGGAACUCCAGAGAGUCACAGCUCAACGAAUCAGUGAAGCUGGUGAAUGUUACCUAUGAAAAAAUCUCUGAAACCUCCUAUGCGGUCAUCUUUACAUUUAACCUGAUCAACAUAAGCAUGCAAGGGGACCCUGAGCUCAGAAGCAACACCUACCAGCGAGUGCAGAAUAUUACCAAUAAUGUGUUGAACACUCUUCUUAAUGAGCCUGGCAGCCAAGUUUUUGAACCCAAGUCCUCCAACUUCACGAGCACAUCAAACCAAAUAGAGGGCAUUAUGGAAUAUACCUUCCAGGAUGGAGAGGUGAUAAAACCAGUCAGCUUCCUAAAUGAGCUUCAUUUACUGAUGGGAAUCACAGUCAGACAGUUCCAUUUUCACUCCAAAACCCUUCAAUUGUAUUCAAAAAAAAAUGGUGUCUUUUGCAGAUCUGGUUCCGCAGUGGUGACAAGCAAACUGCUGUUCAACUCUUCAUCUCCAGUCCCCAGCGAAGCUCUGGUCCUCAGUGCCAUCAGCACUCUCCGGAACUCCAGAGAGUCACAGCUCAACGAAUCAGUGAAGCUGGUGAAUGUUACCUAUGAAAAAAUCUCUGAAACCUCCUAUGCGGUCAUCUUUACAUUUAACCUGAUCAACAUAAGCAUGCAAGGGGACCCUGAGCUCAGAAGCAACACCUACCAGCGAGUGCAGAAUAUUACCAAUAAUGUGUUGAACACUCUUCUUAAUGAGCCUGGCAGCCAAGUUUUUGAACCCAAGUCCUCCAACUUCACGAGCACAUCAAACCAAAUAGAGGGCAUUAUGGAAUAUACCUUCCAGGAUGGAGAGGUGAUAAAACCAGUCAGCUUCCUAAAUGAGCUUCAUUUACUGAUGGGUUUAACCACUACAACUGUGUCUCCGAUGACAACAAGCAGCUUCCCUGUGACAGCUUUAAACCUAGUAUCUGGUUCCGCAGUGGUGACAAGCAAACUGCUGUUCAACUCUUCAUCUCCAGUCCCCAGCGAAGCUCUGGUCCUCAGUGCCAUCAGCACUCUCCGGAACUCCAGAGAGUCACAGCUCAACGAAUCAGUGAAGCUGGUGAAUGUUACCUAUGAAAAAAUCUCUGAAACCUCCUAUGCGGUCAUCUUUACAUUUAACCUGAUCAACAUAAGCAUGCAAGGGGACCCUGAGCUCAGAAGCAACACCUACCAGCGAGUGCAGAAUAUUACCAAUAAUGUGUUGAACACUCUUCUUAAUGAGCCUGGCAGCCAAGUUUUUGAACCCAAGUCCUCCAACUUCACGAGCACAUCAAACCAAAUAGAGGGCAUUAUGGAAUAUACCUUCCAGGAUGGAGAGGUGAUAAAACCAGUCAGCUUCCUAAAUGAGCUUCAUUUACUGAUGGGUUUAACCACUACAACUGUGUCUCCGAUGACAACAAGCAGCUUCCCUGUGACAGCUUUAAACCUAGUAUCUGGUUCCGCAGUGGUGACAAGCAAACUGCUGUUCAACUCUUCAUCUCCAGUCCCCAGCGAAGCUCUGGUCCUCAGUGCCAUCAGCACUCUCCGGAACUCCAGAGAGUCACAGCUCAACGAAUCAGUGAAGCUGGUGAAUGUUACCUAUGAAAAAAUCUCUGAAACCUCCUAUGCGGUCAUCUUUACAUUUAACCUGAUCAACAUAAGCAUGCAAGGGGACCCUGAGCUCAGAAGCAACACCUACCAGCGAGUGCAGAAUAUUACCAAUAAUGUGUUGAACACUCUUCUUAAUGAGCCUGGCAGCCAAGUUUUUGAACCCAAGUCCUCCAACUUCACGAGCACAUUAAAUGAGAUUGAGGGCAUUAUGGAAUACACAUUCCAGGAUGGAGAUCUCAUUCAGCCAGUCAGCUUCCUAAAUGAGCUUCGUUUACAGACGGGUACGUACAAUCAAACAUUACUUAAUUUUUCAUGCCUAACCACAACCAAAACUCCAAUGACAAACACAACUUCUCCACCGACUUUGGUUGGGAAGGCGAUUAUUUACAUUCGCCUUGUGUUCAUCACGUUGGGUCCCAUACCAAGUGAGAGUAAAGUUCUUGAGUUGGCUAACUCUCUACUCGAGUCACGUCUCAGAACUAAGCAAUCUGUCUCAACACGAACCCUGAGUGAUCCUGUGAGCUUUGUGAAUGUCACCUUUCAGAGAAUUUCUGAUAACUCCUAUGCUCUCAAAUUUGGAUUUGAAAUCAGUAAUGUCACCAUGACUGAGAAACUGGAACUCAGAGAUGAAACCUACACAUUAAUUCAAAACUCCAUUAAUACAUUGUUGAACCAGAUCUUAAGUUCCCCCUCAGCUACUCCGUUUGUGUUCAAAAGAGCCAAUUUCACGGGUAACUCCACUGUGAUUCAGGCCGAUGUACAGUAUGUUUUCUCAGAAAGUGACAUCCAGACACCCAGCAUCUUUCUCCAGGAACUUCUCAAAGUUAAUGUUGUUACCACACCGGCACCUGCUGUAACUUCUCCACCGACUGUGGUUGGGAAGGCGAUUAUUUACAUUCGCCUCGUGUUCAUCACGCUGGGUCCCAUACCAAGUGAGAGUAAAGUUCUUGAGUUGGCUAACUCUCUACUCGACUCACGUCUCAGAACUAAGCGAUCUGUCUCAACACGAACCCUGAGUGAUCCUGUGAGCUUUGUGAAUGUCACUUUUCAGAGAAUUUCUGAUAACUCCUAUGCUAUCAAAUUUGGAUUUGAAAUCAGUAAUGUCACCAUGACUGAGAAACUGGAACUCAGAGAUGAAACCUACACAUUAAUUCAAAACUCUAUUAAUAAACUGUUGAACCAGAUCCUAAGUUCCCCCUCAGCUACUCCAUUUGUGUUCAAAAGAGCCAAUUUCACGGGUAACUCCACUGUGAUUCAGGCCGAUGUACAGUAUGUUUUCUCAGAAAGUGACAUUCAGACACCCAGCAUCUUUCUCCAGGAACUUCUCAAAGUUAAUGUUGUUACCACACCCGCACCUGCUGUAACGCCCAACACUACAGUCCCCAACAACGGUACUAGUGCAGCAUGGGUUGUGGCUAUCAUUGUCCCUUGUGCUAUCGUCAUCAUACUUGUCCCUUGCUGGAUUCUACUUUGUUGUUUGCUCUGUGGUUGCUGUGCAGCAAUUAGAAGACGUUGGCACAGAAGACAGUCAUAUAAUGUACAGUACACAACUCGAAACAGCCUCUUCUAGAGAAUAUAGAGAUAUUCAGUGACCUAUUUUGCAUUGAUGUUUUAAAAAUACUAAAAUUUAAAACAUUUCUAUAUAUAUAUAAAAUGAAUACAUAUUAAUUAAAGAAAUUCCUGUAUUGCUGGGCAUACAGAAUCUGUAAUGAAAGAUGUAUUAAUUGUAUUAUCUGCUAAUGAAGGGUUUUAUUUAUUUGAUUAUUCAAUAUUUUAUAUUUAAAAAAAAUUUUGAUCUUGCUUUAUAAAUAAUUUAUAUGACAUAUCUUUAAUUUUAUAGGACAAAUGUAAAAUGUGUUUAUGCUAACUUAUUUAUUCACAAUUUUUAUGCUCUUUAUCUACAA